AUUCGCCAGGUGUCAGCGAACGAACCCUUGAUCUGGCAUCUGGCAUCUGGCAUCUGGCAUCUGGCAUCUUGAUUCGCAAUUUCACAUUCGUUUGACUUUGUUUUACUUUCUGUUCCUUUUCUUUCCUUGUUAUUUCCUUUCUUCCCUUUGCUCUUCUUUCUUCUAUUCUUUGUCCAUCCAUCUAUUCUGCGCCUAGAUUGAUUUGAUUUGACUCGAUUCCCUUCAUUUCCUCAGCGUCGUCGCAUAGAAAGAAAAUGGGCCUCGCAACAGCCCUGCCGGAGCUCCCUGCGUCGCCCUGGGAAUCCAUCAAGGCGACUCCGGUUCCCAUCCUCGCCGGCCUCUUCCUCGCGCUGGUCUUGUCAGGGCUCGCUGCGCUCUUCCUCCUCCUCCACCUCGUCGCCUCCAAGCCUCGCCCCGUCCUCUCCUCUGAAAAGACAUACGUCACCAGCAGCCCUUCCGGCAAGACGACUCCUCGCCCGCUCCCCUGCUGGUACGACCGAUGGCUCGCCGAACGACACCUCAGCGAGCAGCGUCUUCGCCCAGACGAAGCGAAUCCAGCGCCCGACGUUGGCUCCAUUGAACCCCCGGAACUUCUCCUCAGCGUCGUCUUCCCCGCGUACAACGAGGAGGAUCGUGUAAUCCCCACAUUGGAAGAGGCCGUCGAGUACCUGGACAGGCAUUUUGGACGCGGCACUGCUGCAGCUGGCGCUAGGAACCCUCUCUCGCCGACGACCAAGAAGCGCCACGCUCAAGGCGCGGCUGGCGCAGCUGGCCUGAAAGAUCAGGGCCUCAGCGGUUACGAAAUCAUCAUCGUCAACGACGGCAGCCGCGACAAGACGGUCGACGUGGUGCUCGACUUUGCGCAGAAUAACGGCUUGGAUGAUGUGCUGAGAGUGGUGUCCCUGGCCAAGAACCGCGGCAAGGGCGGCGGUGUUACUCAUGGCUUCCGUCAUGUUCGCGGCGAAUAUGCGCUCUUUGCCGAUGCGGAUGGCGCGUCUCGGUUUAGCGAUGUGGCGAAACUGAUCGAAGGCGUCGAGGAAGUUGUGGACGGGUCUCGUCGAGGCGUUGCCAUUGGUAGCCGUGCCCAUCUCGUUGGCAGCGAGGCGGUAGUCAAGCGCUCUGCCCUUCGAAACUUUCUCAUGCGCUCAUUCCAUCUCGUUCUCACCAUCCUCACGCCCCCUGCUACAUCUCGCAUUCGCGAUACCCAGUGCGGCUUCAAGCUCUUCACGCGCGCCGCGCUGCCGCACAUUGUCCCUUACAUGCAUGCCGAGGGCUGGAUCUUCGACAUUGAGAUGCUGAUGCUCGCCGAGUCCGCCCCUGCGACGCCUGUCCUGGGCAGCGACGGCAGCGUCAUCGGCACCAGUCCUGGCAUCAAAGUCGCCGAGGUGCCGAUUGAGUGGCACGAGGUGGGCGGCAGCAAGUUGAACGUUAUCCAGGACAGCAUAAAGAUGGCGAUUGGGCUGUUUGUGUUGAGGGCGUGUUGGAUGAUGGGCGUGUAUAGGAGACGCCUUACUUGAAAUCACUAAAUCGACAAAGAAGAGAGAGAGAGAGAGAGAGAGAGAGAGAGAGAUGAGAUGAGGAAUGGAAGAACAAAAGGACGCCAAGUUAUAUGACGCAAAAAAAGGAAAGUACUUCAAGUUAUAUAUAUAAAUACCACAUGGAGUGGAAGAGAACAGUUGGUCUCUGAUUCUAGCAUAAGC